AUGGAUAAAGCUACUUACCACUCAGUUCACGAGCAUACCUUAAACAGUAACUAUGGGUCGGCUACCAGUGCAUCACGUAUGCGUGGUCGUACGGGCGAUAUCCUCUUUGCCUUCUCACUUAUGACUAUUCCCAUGUCUAUCUUCUCGGCUCUCCUUCUCGGACUAAUAUUCUAUUUUAAAGUCACCCCCAACGAUUCGGCAUCACCAGAUUUUCGACUGGGUCAACCGAGCCAAGACAGUGUUAUCUAUGUCGACAUCAGCGCUACAACUUUGACGACCGUCGCGUCUUGGAGCAGUACGAUUGCUCCUAUCCUCGUCGGAUGCGCGAUAACACUGAUCUCCUACCCGGUUGCGAAACAGAUCUUGAGAGCAGGGCAAUCGGGCAAAACAGACCGACUACCUACGCCAUUCCAGCUGUCGCUGAUGCUGAAGAUGAUUACGAGUGGUUCGCCCCGGGCCCUUUGGAACUGGUGGCAGUAUAUUUGGGGCUGGCGGGGAAAGAAGGAAUCUCAGGGAAGGCCGAUGAGAUUGAUGACCUCGGUUCUUAUUCUUGCGCUGUUCCUCAGUAUAUUGGUCUUUGCAGCUGAUACAUGGUUUCACUUUACGACAAAGACCAUCAACUUGACCCAAUUUUAUCCUGUGACGAGCGCGUUGAACACUAGCGUAGGACUGAUCCCUACAUGUAUUGAUGUCAAUGAAACGACUUCACUGGGCUGUACUGCAGAUCGAGCUGCAGCUAAUUGGUUUCUCAUGAAUGGUCUUGACGCUCUGUCAGUAAUGACGAACAUCUCCACUACGAUGAGAAUCAACACUUUGUCGUCGGCAAACGAUAUUUUUACCUAUGUUGGCAAUCCCCCCAAAUCUGCUCUCAAUCCUGUCGACUACAUGUCUCAUACGUGGGGGAUUACAACGAAAUGUGCCCCGGUCACCACGCAAUGUGUUGAUCCAGAAAGAAUCGCUGGAAGCCACUUUCCAUACAAAUGCCCAUUUGCCAUGGAAGGAAUAAUGAACACAGACUCAAACACAGCAUCUAUCAAUCAGUAUAAAAUGAAUUACUUUACGAACUCAACCGGAGAAUCCAAUAGCACAUUGUCAACGAACCUCGCCAAUCCUUACUACUUCGCGACGAUUGCGGCAGUGAAUCAAAAUUUCGGCCACGGGCCAGCCUUCACAGCUGGCGAUCCAGAGGUUCUCAGCACUGUACAUGGUGCGGAUAUAAUUGGUCUGUUCUGCAACACCACAGUCUACGAUGUCGAAUACACCUCUAUCAAUGGGACAGUCACGCGCUUCAACGCCACACCUGCUAAUAGCACCCUGACCAACAUCAUCCAGGGUUCACAGCAGUACACCAAGGUUGGCGAUCCCAGCUUGAUUCAAGGUGCUAGCACUGGUGCUUUGCUCAGCACGUCUGCUCAAGGAAUAGCCGAUUACUUCGCUUUGACAUACAGCCAGAUUGCUCUAGGUGUAGCGACAGCGGCAUUUACUCCCCAACCUGCCAUACAAGCUCAACGACGUGAGAACAUGCUGGUGGCUAAGGUACCUAUCGCACCACUUGCCUGCUUGCUGAUCGCCAAUCUCUCGCUAGCACUGUUGGGGAUAAUCUUGGUAGUCAUUGCAGCUAUAGCAGCGAAGGGAGAAACGAGAGAAGUGCAAGCGAGAUUAAGUGUCGUGGGCCUUGUCGCUGCACAUUUUGAGGGGAGGCGGGCUGAGAGGGGCGUCGAGAAGGUGGAGGAUCUCUUCGAGGAGAGGGGUGGUAUCAAUGGAUCAGGACCGAGGGUGGGCGUGGUAAGAACUGAGGGUGGUGGAUGGGGCUUUAGUAUUUGGAGGAGUGGAUGA